UUUCACUCGUCAUUGCUUCCCCUGAGGUUUCUCCUUUGUCCUGUUCUGUUUCUCCUUUAAUGAGAAUUACCAAAACUAAGCCUGCAGAUGUGUUCCUGAAAACGUUGAAGCAAGCACAAUAAAGUGUAAACAACUUAGAGGGGAAUUAAAAAAAAAAAUCAACACCUAUGGGUGUGUCUCUGUGUGUUUACAGUUCCGAUUAAAAAGCAGUGUCAUUGCUCCUUUAAAAUCAAAGCUGGCAGCGCAGCAGGACAUGGCCAGGCACCUGCUCCGAGCGCACAGAGCCAUCCUGAGACUUUCCCUUUACAAGUCAACACACAAACAAGCGAGCAUCACAAGCGACCUGCCGUGUCCUUUGAAGCCUCAGCUCACGGAUUAAGUCGUCCGCGGCAGGAAACAACUGUGUCCGAGGAAGAGCACUGGAGGAGCCCGGGGGGCUGAGAGCGAUCUGACACCUGGAGGUGGAGGAGGAUUCUCUGCAGCGCUACUGCUUCAUGUUUGUCUCUCUAUCUGAGAUGUACCCCGCCAAAGGAAUGGGUUGGGACGAGGAGGAUCAGCCGAAGGGAGGGAUGUCUGAAUAACAAGGAGAGAAACACCCACUCUUCCAGACUGACCGUGUCCCAAAAGGAGUGAGAGGAGCGCUUCAGGAGGAAGCAGCGGCAGCUCUCAGACAUUUUUUGGUUUUCAUAGGAUCUCCUUUGGGGAUAAAAAAAAAAAAGACGGUUUGAUUUCAUGAGUCCAGAGGUCUAGACUGCUAAUGUUGAGGAUGUUGUUGAUGGGAGAGGUCAGGUGGUGUUUUCUGGCCCCGCUGGUUUUACUUGUCUUUGUUUCCUGUGACCCCAGUAAGACUCAGGGUCAAGUACCAGCUCCGAGGAGGCUGCGUUUCAAAGUGCACAGUUCCCGCAAACUCCUAGUUUCAUGGAGGGAGCCCAGAGGAGAUGUCGACAGCUAUUUAUUUCUCUACAACAGCUUACCAGGUGGUCAGCAAAGGGAGAUCAUUGUGUCUAAAUCUGACCCAAAGGUUUUAAUAACGGACUACAAUCCGUCUAAGGACUACAUUAUUAGUGUCAUUGCUAUUAGAGGCAGAGAGCAGAGCAGACCACUUCGGGGGAGAUUUAAAGCUAAACCAGCUGCUGGAGGUGAAAGUGACAAAGAAGAUGAGUCUGAGCCGCAGAGGCUGACUGAUUCAGAUGGACCUCCUGACGAUGCCAACGAGAUCUCUGGAGCUGAUCAGUUUGUGUGCCACACUGCGGCCAUUGCAGAUAUUGUGAUCCUGGUAGACGGCUCAUGGAGUAUAGGCCGGAUCAACUUCAAGCUGGUCCGUAUAUUUUUGGAAAACCUGGUCAACGCUUUUGACAUUGGCAUUGAUAAGACCAGGAUAGGCCUGGCCCAGUACAGCGGAGAUCCCAGGAUAGAAUGGCAUCUGAAUACUUACUCUACGAAAGAAGCUGUCAUCGAUGCAGUGAAGAAUUUACCGUAUAAAGGAGGAAACACUCUCACAGGGCUUGCAUUGAAUUUUGUCUCAGACUACUGUUUCAAGCCUGAAGCUGGCUCAAGAGUUGGUGUACCAAAGAUAGGGAUUCUCAUCACAGAUGGAAAAUCCCAGGACGACGUUGUACCCCCAGCAGAGAGCCUGCGAAAGGCUGGUGUUGAGCUGUUUGCCAUUGGUGUAAAGAAUGCUGAUGAGAACGAGCUGCGGUCCAUCGCCUCAGAGCCGCAUCACACUCAUGUCUACAAUGUAGCUGACUUCAACAUUAUGAGUUCGAUAGUCGAGGGACUGACAAAGACCGUGUGUGAACAAGUGGAGCUGCAAGACAAAGACAUCAAGCAGAAAUUUACGCCAGAGAAAACGGAAAUGCCGCUCAACCUGGAAACCUCAGAGGUCACAGCUCAGAGCUUUCGGGUCUCAUGGAGUCCGGCAGCUGGAAACGUAGAGAUGUAUAGAGUGGUUUACCGUCCGGCUCAGGGAGGAGAACCACAGGAGGCUGUCGUGGCUGGCAGUGAGACUUCAGUGGUGUUAAAGCAUCUCAGCUCUCUCACUGAGUACCAGCUCGCUGUGUUUGCUGUGUACACGGACGAGGCAAGUGAAGCUCUGAGAGGAUCAGAAACUACCUUGGCUCUCCCAUCAGUCGCCAGCCUCCAGCUGUUCGAUGCGACUCACAGCACAAUGCAGGCCAGGUGGAGCCGUGUGGAUGGAGUCUCAGGCUACAUGCUGCUGUAUGCUCCUAUUACAGAUGAUGGAGAUCUAAACAACGAGAUUAAUGUAGCUGAUGGAGUAACAGAGGUGGAGCUGGUUGGCUUGACGCCUGACACAGUAUACACCGUCACUGUUUAUGCUAUGUAUGGAGAAGAAGCCAGUGAACCCAAAACAAAUCAGGAAACAACAUUACCUCUGAGCCCUCCCAGGAAUCUCCAGUUUUCAGACGUCACUCAUAACUCCGCCCACAUCAGCUGGGAUUCACCGCCUGAUGGGGUGAAAGGUUACCGCAUCAUGUGGGUCAUGACAGACGGACUGGUCACAAAGGAGGUGAAGGUGGGCCCAGUGAAUUCGUACGACCUCAGUGAGCUGGCGUCCCUCAUGGAGUACUCGGUGGCCAUCUUUGCUUUGUACAAUGAGGGCCAGUCAGAGCCACUCACUGAUGGCUUCACAACCACUCCGGUUCCCGGUCCUCUGAAUCUGCACUCCAGUGACGUCAGCACUGGCAGCUUUAAAGUCAGCUGGGAUCACUCAGCCACAGACAUUGCUCUCUACAGACUCUCCUGGGCACCAUUCUCUGGUGGUGACACAAGGGAGGUGUUUUUGAUUGAAAGUGAGAACAGUUACACUGUCGACGGUCUCAGUCCCUCCACUAAAUACGAAGUCCUGUUAACGGCCAUAUUUGAAGAUGAAUCUGAAAGCGACACGGUCUCUGUCAUAGAAACCACAUUGGCUAUAACAACAACGAUUCAUACCACAACCACAGUGACACGUAAGGCUGUGAAAAACCUUUACCUGAGUGAUGAGACCACCCAAAGCUUAGAGGCAUCCUGGGAGCUGGAAGAUACUGAUGUACAGAGCUACAGGAUUUCCUACACUGACCUCAGUGCAAACCAAGAGGAGGAAACUAUAUCCGUUGGUGGUGGACAGAAAAGUGCAUUGCUCCAGCCUUUACUACCAGACACACAGUACAAAGUGACGGUCACACCAGUGUACGUUGAUGGACAAGAUGGCAUCAGUGCUUCUGCUUUGGGUUCUACAUUGCCUCUCUUGUCUCCUGAAAAUCUACGUGUGUCAGAGGAGUCGUACAACCGCUUCAGGGUCUCCUGGGAUCUGCCUCAGUCUCCGACAGAAGGUUACAGGAUUGUCUACCGGCCCAUUCAUGUUCAAAGUCCAGUUUUGGAGACGACGGUAGACGAAGAUGUGAACUCAAUUCUCCUCCUGAAUCUUUUAAGCGGGACGGAUUACAGUGUCCAAGUGACGGCUUUCUACCCAGGAGGACCAAGUGAACCACAGCUCAUUAAUGCGAAGACAUUGUUCCUUGGUGUCUCUGGCUUGUCAACCUACCAGGUGCGCCCCAACAGCAUGUGUGUUCAGUGGCAGCCUCUUCUGCACGCCACAUCAUACCGGGUCUCCAUACAGUCUGUACUCAAUGGUCAGAGGCAAGAACUAAACCUGGGAGGUUCAGCUUCGCGCCACUGUUUCUAUGACCUCACUCCCAGUAGCCAGUACCAGAUCAAUAUUUAUACACAGAUGCAAGAAAUGGAAGGACCGUCUGUAUCCAUUACUGACAUGACACUUUCAGAGCCGACUCCAGUUCCGACUGAACCUCCCAGUACAGAGCCCACUCCCACCAUCCCGCCUGCUAAAGAAGUGUGCAAGGAAGCCAAGGCUGACCUGGCGUUUUUGGUUGACGGCUCUUGGUCCAUUGGAGACGACAACUUCAUGAAGAUCACACGUUUUCUCUACAGCACUAUGGGUUCGCUGGAUCUGAUUGGACCAGAUGGCACCCAGGUGGCUGUCGCUCAGUUCAGCGACGACGCGCGGACAGAAUUUCUGCUGAGUUCCCACGGUAACAAAGAAGCGCUGCUGGAAGCCAUUCAGAAGAUCAGAUACAAGGGCGGGAACACCAAGACAGGUCGAGCCAUCAAGCAUGUGAAGGAAUCCAUCUUCACGCCAGAGGCUGGAGCCAGGAGGGGUGUUCCCAAGGUCCUGGUUGUUCUGACCGAUGGACGUUCGCAGGAUGAUGUCAACAAAGUGUCAAAGGAAAUGCAAAUGGAGGGCUACAUCAUCUUUGCAAUCGGCUUUGCGGAUGCAGACUAUGGAGAGCUGGUGAAUAUUGCCAGCAAGCCCAGCGACAGACACGUCUUUUUCGUGGAUGAUCUGGAUGCUGUGAAGAAAAUAGAGGAGCAGCUUAUUACCUUCGUCUGUGAGGCAGCCACUGCCACUUGUCCCUCUGUUCUGAUGAGCGGCAACACGCUGGCAGGUUUCAAAAUGAUGGAGAAGUUUGGCCUGGUGGAGAAGGAGUACAGCACCCUACCUGGAGUUUCUCUGGAGCCUGGUUCGUUUAACAGCUUCCCCUGCUACAGGUUACACCGCGAUGCCCUGGUGUUACAGCCCACCAAGUACCUUCACCCUGAAGGUUUGCCAUCUGACUACACCAUUUCUAUGAUGCUCCGUUUGCUCCCUGAGACCCCGCAGGAGCCCUUUGCUUUGUGGGAAAUCCUCAACAAAGACAAUGAGCCGAUGGUGGGCCUAAUCCUCGACAGCUCUGGGAAGACUCUGACAUUCUUCAACCACGACUACAGAGGAGACUUCCAGACUGUCACAUUCGAAGGACCAGAAAUCAAAAAGGUUUUCCACGGCAGCUUCCACAAGCUCCAUGUAACCAUCAGCAAGACGUCGGUGAAGGUGGUGUUAGACUGCUUUGUGGUCGGGGAGAAGUCCAUCAGAGCGGCUGGGAAUAUCACCACAGACGGAGUCGAGGUCCUGGGGAAGAUGGUUCGGUCCAGAGCCAAAAGAGACAGCUCUGCUCCGUUUCAGCUGCAGAUGUUUGACAUCAUCUGCAGCACGUCCUGGGCCAGCAGAGAUAAGUGCUGUGAGCUGCCAGCUUUGAGAGUGGAGGAGCAGUGUCCUCCCCUGCCCCAUGCCUGUACCUGUUCUCAGGAGAGCAAAGGACCUCCAGGACCGUCUGGGCCCCCUGGUGGACCCGGAAUAAGGGGAGCCAGAGGAAACAGGGGGGAACCAGGAGUGACGGGACCACAGGGACCUAUGGGGGAAAUCGGCCCUUCUGGACCUCCAGGACCGCCUGGUCCUCAGGGACCCAGUGGACUCUCAAUUCAGGGACCCCCAGGCAUUCAUGGAGAAAAAGGAGAGAAAGGUGAUACUGGCACUGGAGGACCAAUGGGCGUUCCUGGAAGCCCUGGGUCUCCAGGCAGAGAUGGUCCUCCGGGAGCAAGGGGUCAGCCGGGUAACAGCGGACCUCAGGGAAGACAAGGACCUCCUGGACCCAUCGGAGCCCCAGGAGCCCCUGGAGUCCCAGGGCCCAAUGGACCAGUGGGGCCUCCAGGUGAACAAGGAGUGCCUGGUCUUGCUGGUACCAAAGGCGAUAAAGGAGAAAGAGGUGAUGUGCAGUCCCAAGCAGCAGUGAGAGCAAUUGCACGGCAAGUCUGUGAACAGAUUAUCCAAAGCCAUUUCUCUCGAUAUAAUUCCAUCUUGAACCAGAUCCCUCAACAGCUUUCAGGAUCGGUCCGAACAGUGACGGGGCCGCCGGGCGAGCCGGGCAGGAGAGGCCCUCCUGGGCCCCAGGGAGAGCAAGGCGCCCCUGGCAGACCCGGUUUCCCCGGUACUAAUGGUCAGAGCGGACAACCGGGUGAAAGAGGUUUGCCAGGUGAAAAGGGAGAGAGAGGGAGUCCAGGCGUUGGGAGUCAGGGACCUCGAGGACCACCCGGUGCGCCCGGCCUGCCAGGCGAAGGCCGGGCAGGCAGCCAGGGCCCACCUGGUCAGCCCGGAAGCCCGGGAGCGGCUGGUAGGCCUGGAAAUCCAGGAGCUGCGGGACCAACCGGACCACCAGGAUACUGUGACCAGAACUCGUGUCUGGGAUACAAUGUUGGAGUUCAACAGGAUUACAGGAAUGAUUACUGAGGAGAAAUCUCCAGCCAUCUCUCCUCAUUCUCCUCCUCACGUGCUCACCUCCCUCUUUGCCUUGUUCAGAAACAUCCAGUCAUUCAUUCCCCAAGAGGCCAAACAGUAAACACAAAACCUGAUAUACUAAAUCAGGGGUCUGCAAUCUGUGGCUCUUUAAAACCUGGCUAAGAGAGUUGAGAACCAACAAUUUUUUUAAAAUACAGAACCAAUGCAGAUUUAGUUUUUUUCGUUUGUUUAUUUGUUUGUUUUGCAUGGAAUAGAUCCUGCAUUAAAUUUCCACAACAGAAUGGUAAAAGUAUCAGCAAAAAAUGUUCUCAUCCUGGUGUUGGAAACGAAGUAGUUUUUGUUUAAAUAACUUUUUUCUAACAUUCUGGGCGAGAGGCAGGGUUCACCCAGGACAGAUCACUAGUCUGUCGCAGUAAAUCAUUUUUUACAAACAAAAAAUGUUUUCCCAUAGAAGAAAAAAAAAUAAUAAUAAUAGAUAUAUGCAAAGAAAAUGACACAUUUUCUUUCCAUAGUAGACAAUAUUCACUUUUUGUCAUUUUGUCCUGUUUUUUGUUUUAAACCCUAAAAUUGUGGUUCUCUUCAAAUUUCUUACAGUAGAUAUUUUUAAAAAUAAAGAUGUCUUUUUUGCUAAAUGUUAUGUAACAUUUAUGACUCUAAAAGAGUUUUAUUUAGCUGGACUGCAGGCAAAACCUCUCCUUGGUUGCAGACCCCUGAUCUAAAUCAAUCUUCAAACAUACUCUUAAUUUGCAGAGAAAAUCAUUUUGUACCAAGGCUAGCUUUAGUACACAAUCUAACUGAAUUUCUGAUUGAAAACUGUUCUGCAUUAUUCGGGUUAAAUUAAAAACAUGUCAGCAGUAGUAGAAGCUCAAUGUAAAAAGUCUCAUAAAUCAACAAAAAAAAAAAUCCUUCCUCAAUGCCGCCACCAACAAUUGCGCUGCCAUUUAUCAACAAUUACUCAUCUUCCUCCGCGUUCGCCUGCUUCAGGCUCAAAUCUCAUUACAGCUAAUCACUUCUUUCAAAGCCUGAUCAAUCAGCUAAACAGUGAUGAAUGGCGCUUCUUUCUGAUUGUCUGCUUUCAUCGCCUUACACUGGUUUACCUCUGCAAAUCAAAUGCUGAGAUGUGCUGAAAAUCUUUCACCCCUAAAUAAAUUUCACCCAUUUUGAUAACUGGGAAAAAUUGGCACAACUAAGCUUUAUUUAGCCACUCUGAACUUCAAUUAACACGACUUAUGACACUGCAUGUCCACCUGCAUGCCUCAUGUUCCUCUGAGCUUCUGUUAAAAGUAUUUUACCUUGCUUUGGCAACACUACAUCUUGAUUUUCAUUGGUUGUGGCAUCUAGCUUUAGUUUCCUUUAGCCAUACUUCAGUCGUGACCUUAAAUAUCCCCUCCAUAAUCACUCCAGUCUUACCCCCGCCCCACGGUGGCGGCGACGUUGGCCGCUACCAGCCCUACAGUCCUCCCCAGAGACAGCCGUACAACCCUGCUGCAGUGGCGUACAACCACCGCCGAGGAGGAGGCGAGGAAGAGCAAGAUGCCUACUAUCGUGGCUACCACUCCCAGUUUAACUAUGAGCACCAUGGGUACUACCCAGGAAACUCUAAGGAUGUGGAGCUAAGGUCACCGGGCGUCGUCAGGAGGUUUUCCCAAAGCGUGGUCACGAAGGAGAAUUGAAGAGGAAGGGCGGACUCACCUUAAGUGCUUGAGCCCCAAAAAGACACUACACCAUACACACACACACACACACGCACACAGACACCAUGGACAUGUGCACUCAUCUGAAACUGUGGUGAGACCCUAACACCCUGCAGUGGGUUUCCUCCAAGGUUUGAAAAAAACAAAACAAACAAACAAAAAAAACAACAAUGUAAAUAUCUCUGUGAUAUCUGUAUGAUAUGUGUGUGAAAGGGAGGUCCGAAAAGUGCCUGAUCUGUGUCCGCUUCGUCCAGUGAUAAUGCAAACCUUGAACCUGUCGUUUUACACCUUACAGCUCUGCGAAGCUGCAUGUGUCCCGUCUGCGUGCGAGACUGGACAUCAGGUUUCUGUAGCCUGAGGAUUUCCUUUUAUCAAACCACUGAGAAAACAAAAGUGGCAUCAUUUGUACAGACUGCUUUUUCUAAUGCACCAAUUCUCUAUUUGUCUGUCAAACUCACCUCCGCGUGCAGUAUUGUUGUUUUCUACUUUGCGCUUCUACUUUAGUUUCUGAAGUGAGUUUGCAGAACCAGGUUUUAUUUAAAAAUUGAAGGCUGUUGCAUUUUGUCCUGCGAUACUUCAUUCUCUUGUCUCAAAAUGAACAAAGUUUUCAUACGAAAAACAGAGCUGUUGUGUCUUUUAUUGCAUCUUGUUCUAUUUUUCUUUUAAGACCAAUUCAAGCCCGUUCUUUCUGGAGCAAGUAGCAGAAUGAGUGUCAAACUCGUUUUCAUUUUGGUCCACAACGAGAUCAUGAAUGUCCUAAAAGGCAGACAACCGGUGUGUAUUGAUUAA